GUAAGUUGUCUGGAUAUAAUUAAAUAUUGAAGUUUUUUUUUCAAUUGCAAAACUAACCUAUGACGACUUAAUAGUAAGUCGUCUAGUUUUAAUAAAAUAUUGAUUUUUUCAAUUUUCACCAGACGACUAAAAUGUAAGUCACCCAAGUAAAACAAUAUAUUGCAAUAAAUACAUAUUUGUUUCCCACGUUAUUGAUUGGCAAGGCUACAUCGUUUUGUGGUUAUAGACCUAUUUCUCAAAGACAUCAAUAUAUAUUGUUCGACAAUAUUUGGGCCUACAUCUUUAUUAUUACCGAACAUCAUUAAGUAAGAGCCAAUAGAAAAAGGAGAAAUCGUUAGGGUUUUAAAUUACGAGAAUGACCUUAACGAAGCUGUCGAAAUCUUUGAAAAAUCAGUGGCGUAGAUAGUAAAUAAAAGGGUAUAGCAGGGGUUUAAAUUAGAUAGGAUCAUGAUUUAAUAGUAUAGAUGGGGAUAAACAAAAAAAAAAACAUUAGGGACAGACAUUAUAUUCACUUUAGGGCUUUGAGAGAUCAGUUCAAGAAUCCUCUUCACUUUAUGAGUCAUAAGUAAGACAAAUAUGUUCAUUAAUAUUGUACCAAAGAAAAUAUUGAAAUUCCCAUAAACACUGAGUCCAUGAAACUAUCAACUCAUGAGCUACAGCCUGGGGUUGCACAUAAACUUCAUCGAACAUCCGCUUCUUCUUCGGAACCGGAAUCGGAAUCAAACGUCCACUUUCCGCUUCGUCAUGGUUCACAACAAGAGAUUCCGGUGAACCGAUAUCUCUAAAUGUGGGACUCCUAUGACCCUGCAUCUGAAGUGUGUGUCUGAGCCCCAUUGGUGCAAACGAAUUUGCAGUCGUAAUGAACUAGAUCGAAUCCAAAGAAAUCAGAUACACACUUCAAUUCAAAAUUCAUAUUAAGCUAGACAACACUAAAUACAUUAUUGUUUUCAACGUAUAACUGAACUAGAACCAAGUCAAAUAAAUCAACGACGUAAAUUAUGGAAUAAAAUCAGUAUACAUCAUGAAUUCACAAGAAAUCAGAUCAUCAAUGUAGAUAACUUCAGAGAAUCAAUUAAACACCAUUCUAGAAUCAAAAAUACAAUUGUAUAAUUUUUCCACUCUGGUGACUCCAAUGACUGUCUAAUAACCUAGAGAACUAACACUCGUUUAACCUAGGAGAUCUAAACAUGCCUUAAGUUCGAAUUUUUAUAAGUUCACAAAGCAACUUAAUACUCAUGUUGGCUAGUUUACAAAAAAAAAACAAAAAAAAAACUCAUGUUGGCUAAGGAUACUUUACUCACAUGGAUUAUUUUCAAUCAACCAAAUAAACUGUAGCUGUAUAUAAAAAACCUAAGAUCAUGAAUUAGAUAAUUUAUCAAGUUCAAGCAUUAGAUAUACAACAAAAGAGUGGGUUUACAAACAAAAAAAAAACGUUCAUGUUUAAAGAGAAUUUAAAGUUACAGGAAAAUAUAGAAAAAAUCUUCUACAUUAAACAAAUUUCGUGGGAAAAGUUAGUUGAUCUUCAACUUAAAAUAUUAAGGUAAAGUUGGAUUCUGAUUACUAAAAAUUAUUCAUAAAAUUAAUAUCAAAAUUAUUCACUCUUUCAUAACUUUUUCACAAUGAAAAUCAAUCCAACAUGAAUAACACUAGCUUUUAAUUCACCAUUUCAGAUUUUGAAUUAAAUAACAAUAGAUUUCAAACUAUUGAAACUAAAUAACUGUCAAUCCAAGAACAAUAACACUAAAUUUAAAAUAAAAAUAUUCUAAAUAUAAGAAUCAGUAAAGGGAAAAAAAAAUUGAAUAACAAUAGAUUGUUCUUGGAUUUAUCUAUUCAGAUUUAUAAACCAAUAAACCCCGAAAAUCUAUUUCAGUAUCUGUUGGAAAAAAAAGGAUCAAAUCCUUAAUUAGAUUUCAAUAAUAAACUGGGGUUUUCUUCAAAUUGAUGUUUCAAUCACGUAGAGUUUCAAUGAAAAGUUGAUCCAAAUUAAAAAAAAAAGGUUUAAGCAAGAACUUUUAUGUGGUGGAUUCAAAUAUGUAAAAUGUUCAAAAGUAACAAAAGGUUUAAGAAAGAAAUUCACAUAUUUGAGGUGUCAAGUGACCCCACUAGAUUAUAAUUGGGCCAGUCCAUUAUAAAAGAGCAACCAAUGUCCGAGAAAAAAAAAAGUAAAACCCUAAUCCCAUUGAAACAGAGAAAGAGGAAGAUGGUUUUCUUGCCAGAUGAUCUCUGUGCAACAAUAUUAUCGAGACUACCGAUAAAAGUCUUCACAAGUUUCAAACUGGUUUGCAAGCAAUGGAACUCAGUUGUUGACUCUCCGAUUUUCCGCGAACUUUUCAUAGCUCAACACCAAAACACUCAUUCUUCUUCAUGGUCGCUCAUUAUGGGUGCAGUUGAUAGGACAGAGUUCUUGGCUCACUACAGAUGCAACACUUGGGGGCUUCAACGGUCUCUAGACUCCUACAUCUCCUCUUUCAUUGCCUACAAGUUCGAGAACCAGAGACACUAUUACCGACGAGGCAGCGUCGUGGCUUACAGCGAUGCAGGGUUUGUUUUGAUCGAUGUAUCAUCUUACAGCUAUGCUGGAUCGACUUUCGAGAAACGAUCCCUGUGCGUGGCCAAUCCAGUUUCACAGGAGUGCAUUGAGAUUGAUGCUCCUAAAGCGUUUGAAAAUAGUGGAAUUUUCAGGCCUUUUGGAAUAGCCACACGAACUAAUAACGGCGUCGUUACAAGUUAUAAAAUUGUUGCGUUUUCAUCUGAGAGCUACGUUGAGAACUUAGGUUUGAUGAUAUAUUCAUCUGAGACAGGUUUGUGGAGUCGCAAAUUGCAUCUCCAUUCUAAGUCUGAGAGUUGUCCCCAUACCAUUAGCUUGAACGGAAAUCUUCACUGGCUAUCCCGCAAUAAUGAUGAACUUGUAUCUAUGGAUUUCAACGCCACUAACAUGGCAUCUGGUCCAUUCCGCUACACGGACUUCCCUGAUUUAGAAAAACGUGUCAAAUUCGCAAGAGCUUGCACAACUUAUCAAGGAAGUCUCAUGUAUAUUAACAUAGUCUCCCAAGAUGGAAGUGUAGACAAUAAGUUAUGCGUAUGGCGGCUCAAGAGCUGGGAAUGGCAACUGAUAUCUGAAAUCUCUACGGCUUUGACUGAGACCAAAUUCGAUUAUAUUCCUUUGAGUAUUAACUCUUGUGAUGCUACAACAGCCUACUUUCUCAGCCAGAAGCACCAACGUUUGAUAGCUAUUAACUUGCGCAAUGGUGAGCGUAUGCUCCACAGGGAGUUGGAACUUAGCAGCGGUGGGCGCAUUCUGAGAUCUCUUCACUACUCGCAAGGUUCUUAUUUUUACUCAUUCGUUCUCCCACAGUGGCUGUAUCGGUUACCCAGGCAGCAACGGUGAGAAGAGUCUUUGAGAGCCUGUAUUCCUGAUCCUACAUUUUUUUCUUAUAAUUACUGUUAGUUCUCUUUUAUACAAGAAGUUGUAAGAUGGUGCUUUUCUUUUUUAAGUGUUUUGUUUGAAGGCAAAAAUAUUGGAAAAAUGGUUUGGGCAUAUUGUAGGUCUGAUUUCUUGAUUCGUGGAGGAUAUAACAUAUGAACCUUACACUUUUA